AUCCAACUUCAUCUACUACUCAUUCUUUGCUUCUUUCUUGACCUUUUCCAAUUCCCCUGCCUUCUUCAAUCUCUCUCUCUAAAAAAUGUCUCUCUCAUUUCAAUCUUACUUGACCUAACACAUCAAAUCAUGCUCCUCUUUCUCUCUCUCCUCCUCUGUCUCUCCUCAUUCCUCCCUCCCUCCCUCUCCCAACCUCCCAAAGGUUUGCUGAUCAACUGUGGUACAAGUGUCCGAUCAAUUAUCGAGGGACGGGAAUGGCAACCAGACACGGACUACAUCUCCACCGGAACAUCGAAAACUGUAACAACUCCAGGCCUGCGGGAAAUCCUAACCACCGUUCGAUCAUUUCCACUUUCAGGUCGAAAAUUCUGUUACACGGUCCCUGUUUACCGUCCUGGAAAGUACUUGAUUCGGACUACUUAUUUUUACGGAGAAGUCAACGGUGAUGAUGUUUUGCCACCUGUGUUUGAUCAGAUUGUUGAUGGGACUUUCUGGAGUGUGGUGAAUACAACGGAUGAUUAUAGGAAAGGAUUGUCUUCGUAUUAUGAAGGUGUUUUUACGCCUACAGGGAAGACGAUGAGUGUUUGUUUGGGAGUUAAUUCAUAUACGGAGUCUGAUCCGUUUAUCUCUGGAUUGGAGUUUGUGAUUUUGGGUGAUUCGUUGUAUAAUUCGACUAAUUUUGGGGCUUAUGGUUUGAGUUUAGUUGCAAGGCACAGCUUUGGAUAUGAUGGAACGAUCAUAAAAUAUCCUGAUGAUCAGUAUGACCGCUUUUGGGAGCCAUUUGGAGAAUAUAAUCCCAUCCUAACAAGAGCUGGAAAUGUCAGUGUUUCUGGUUUCUGGAAUCUUCCACCUUUAAAGAGUUUUGAGACAAAAUUGACAGUUGCAGAACCCAAAGAUCUGACGGUUCAAUGGCCUCCCUCGUCUCUGCCAAACUCGACAUACUACAUUGCUCUAUACUUCGCUGAGGAUAGUGAUUCGUCUUCAGGGGUUUCACGGGUUUUUAACAUAAGCAUAAAUGAUGUAUUGUUUAUGCGUGAAUUAAGUGUGAUUCCAGAUGGUGUUGUGGUAUAUGCAAAGGAGUGGCCUGUUGCUGGCCCUAUGACAAUAAAAUUGACUCCUGCUUCUGGAUCUACACUUGGUCCUUUGAUUAAUGCUGGCGAAAUUUUUGAUUUGGUGCGACUAGGAGGGAAAACUCAUACUAAAGAUGUGAUUGCCUUGGAAAGAUUGAGGAAAAGUUUCCGGAACCCUCCACUUGAUUGGAGUGGUGAUCCUUGUUUACCUCGCCAGUAUUCAUGGACUGGGGUUACAUGCUCUGGAGGAAAUAAAACACGUGUUACUGCUUUAAACCUUACGAGCAUGGCUCUUUCAGGAUCGCUGUCACCUAGUAUUGCCAAUUUGACGGCAUUGACUGACAUCUUACUCGGCAACAACAGCUUGUCGGGAUAUAUUCCUGAUCUUAGUCCAUUGAAGGGACUAGCAAUAGUACAUCUGGAAAAAAAUCUGUUCAGUGGAGCGAUUCCCCCAUCACUAGGAAGCAUGGACACUUUACGUGAACUCUUUUUGCAAGAGAAUAACUUGACUGGUCAAGUUCCGAAUAGCCUUACAGGAAGACCUGAUUUAGAUCUCAGAUUAUCUCCUGGGAAUUCAUUUUCAUCACCACCGCCUUCAUGAGCAAUUCGUGUACAUACAACUAUCUAUUUACAAGUUUACAAGCAAGUGUAGAAUACACAUCUAGAACAAAGUUUGUGAGUUCUCAGCAUUGCUGCUCUGAUAUUUUUUGUGAGGUAAUAAUUUAUAAUUAGCACCUUGGCCAUGUACAAAGUCCUGUAAUCUUCUGAAAUGUCUAGAUUUAUAAACUAAUGCUGUCAAAUUAAAUUAGUGCGACACUGUUCUAUGAAGUAAAAGCCUUCAUGUCAAAAUUAUACAACAGUGGGUUGCUUGGUUCAAUUAUUAUAUAGCAAUUUCAGUGUUCCUUUA